GGAGGGCGAUCGCACAACCUGGCCAAGCUGCUCUACGUGCACAUGCUGGGCUACCCAGCUCACUUUGGUCAGAUGGAGUGCGUUCGGAUGAUUGCUAGCCCGCGCUACAGUGAAAAACGCGUAGGAUACCUGGGAGCCAUGAUGCUGCUGGAUGAGAAGCAGGACGCCAGCCUGCUCAUCACCAACUCUAUUAAGAAUGAUCUGUCAAACAGUAACCAGUACAUACAGUCUCUAGCUCUCUGCACACUAGCCUGCAUGGGGUCUGCUGAGAUGUGCAGGGAUCUGGCGCCAGAGAUUGACAGGCUGCUCCGAGCUUCCAACUCUUACAUUAAAAAGAAGGCUGCUUUGUGCGCUGUUCACAUCGUGAGAAAAGUCCACGAUCUGGGAGAGCUCUUUACCAAAGCCGCUCGCUCGCUGCUCACCGAGAAGAACCACGGCGUCGUACACGGCGCUGUGGUGCUCAUUACUGAGCUGUGUGAGCGGAACUCAGAAACACUUGAGCGCUUCAGGAAGACGGUACCAGAUCUGGUUCAGAUCAUGAAAGGUCUCGUCAUUUCGGGUUAUUCUCCAGACCACGAUGUGGCAGGAAUCAGCGAUCCCUUCCUACAGGUACGCAUCUUAAGGUUGCUGAGAAUCCUUGGUCGCAACAAUGAAGCAGCGAGCGAUGCCAUGAACGACCUCCUAGCUCAGGUGGCGACCAACACAGACAGUACAAAGACUGUGGGCAAUGCUGUGUUGUAUGAGACUGUUCUCACUGUGCUGGACAUCAAGUCAGAGAGCGGCCUCAGAGUUCUGGCUGUGAACAUUCUGGGAAGAUUUCUUCUGAACAAUGACAGAAACAUUCGCUAUAUCGCCAUGACCUCUCUUCAGAAGAUUGUUGGGACAGACCACAAUGCAGUGCAGCGCCACCGAGGGACUAUAGUAGACUGCCUGAAAGACCAGGAUGCUUCUGUUAAGCGCCGUGCUUUGGAGCUUUCUUUGGCUCUGGUGUCAGCCUCCAACAUCCGCUCUAUGAUGAAGGAACUGCUCAGCUUCCUCUCCUCCUGCCCCCCCGAGCUCAGGUCUCAAACUGCCAGCGGUAUAUUCAAUGCUGCUGAAAGGUAUGCUCCCUCCCAGCGCUGGCACAUUGACACCAUCCUGCAUGUCCUCACCACGGCAGGGGGCGACGUGAGAGACGAAACGGUGCCCAACCUGAUUCAGCUCAUUACCAACACUUCAGAGCUCCACUGUUACACCGUUCACAAGCUCUACCGGGCUCUGCUCAGUGACAUCUCGCAGCAACCUCUGGUCCAGGUGGCGUGCUGGUGUAUCGGAGAGUAUGGAGACCUGCUGCUGAGAGGGGAAUGUCAGGAGACCGAACCUGUGCAGGUACACAGAGCACAGCAAACACUGGUUUUUCCAUCAGCAAACAGUGACUGUGACCCUGUGAAUCCCCUAACUGCGCCUCUUUCUCUUCAUAACUCUACUCCCGACAGUCGAAUCAGAAGCAUCGUCAGCAUCUACGGCAGCUGUAUAGACGUGGAGCUCCAGCAGAGGGCAGUUGAAUACAACGCUCUUUUCAAAAAAUAUGACCACAUGAGGGCAGCAGUGCUUGAGAGGAUGCCCGUGAUUGAAAAGAAUUCACAGGGUCACACCAACGGGGAGACCAUCAAGGAGAGUCAAACAGUCAAAGUCAAGCCAGGAGAGCCACAGCAGCCUGCUAACCAGGUGUGUGAUCUGUUGGACCUGCUGGGUGGCUCUGAGCAGCCUCUGCAGCCCAGCCCGGCAUUAGGCAGCGCAGCUCCUCCCAUUCCUGUCAGCACACCCAACACUGUUGGAGGAGACCUCCUGGAUCUGCUUGGAGGGUUAGAGCCCACUCCCAUCACGCCAGUUGCCACGGUGACUGUGUAUGAGAAGGACGGUGUGACUGUAACACUGGGUUGUGAGAAACAGUCCGAUUCAGGCCUGACCGUCACACUCACCGCCUCCAACUCCACUGAGUCAGACAUCAGAGGCUUCACCCUGCAGGCUGCAGUGCCCAAGAGUGUCCAGUUACACAUGAAGGCCCCCAGUGGGGACUCUCUUCCUGCAAGAGGCGCAGCUAAAGUGACCCAGAUGGUGGUCCUCAACAACCCCAAUAAGGUCAAUCUGAAAAUGAGGCUCCGCAUCUCUUACACCAGCCAAGGAUCAGCUGUUCAGGAUACGGUCCAGAUCGACUCCUUCCCUGGACUCGGUCAGUGAUCUCAGCCAAUCGAUGCAACAGGACUGAGACACCAGUCUGUGGGUGAAUCAGCGGGCGUCGGUUCUCUCUGACGCAGCCUUUCUACUGACGCACCCUACACACUGCUGGUCCUCGGUUACCCUGAUCUCUUGUUUCUACGUGUAAGAAACACGGUUCUCUCAGAAGCCUCGUGUAUGGAGUUGCAUCUGUCCAUUCCUCAGGAAUAGAUCGAGGAGAUUAUUGGAGUGGACACUGGAAUAUGCAGGUACAAAAUGGAAAAACAUAAAAUACUUUUUUUUAAAAGAGUGUUGCAUCGACAACUGUCUAUUAGAUAUCAUUCAGGGUUUUUGUUUACAAGCUGCUACAGCUGAUUGUAUUCAGUGUUUCACUCCACAGUAAUAUAAACUUUGAGGGGCUUCUGUCAGUCAUCCACCAGAUCAACACACACACAUAGCAGUUUAUGCAUGCUUUUAAUAAAUUUGUCUUUACACUGAUUGAGAGGAGGCAAACACUAAUUAAUGAGCUACUACAACUAAUUUAUUAUAUCAGAUACACAUCAUUUUAUUAGGAAACACAAAUAUAUGAAAUUUGGAUCAAAGGAAGCUUUUAAACACAAACUUGAGUCCUUCAUCUUUUUUUUCCCCUUUUAUUCACCUGAUCAGCAAUAUCCAUGUCCUGAACCAUUCCUGUGCCUUUCAUCCUCUCUUAAAAUGUAAUAUUUAGCUUUUGAGGCCAAGAUUAUUUAACUCUGAGUUGUGUUUUGUUUUUUUAAUCACUCCCAUACAAGAAUUUUCCUUAAUGCUAUUCUUUGUCUGUUGUUUACCAAAAUGAGUUAUUUUCUGAUGUAAGUGUAUGGUGACGCAAGAGGAAAAACGUGCAUGAUGCUGUCCGGAAAAUGUAUAUUUUAGAUAUUCAAAGUAUAAGCACAAGAGUUUUAUGACUGUAAACAAAGCCAGCAUAUGACUUUAUUUGAUAACUCAUCUUAACCCCUUUUAAAACCACUCCGCGUACUGGAUGUCAGCAACGGUGCUCUACAUGGAUUUCACUGGAGUCUUUACCAGACUGUUUGUAUCACUACCUUAACUAAAUUAUAGACAGAAGGAAUCAUUUGACAGCAGUUUGGAUUGUCUUUCAAUCUUCAAUUUCAUGUCAUUUUCUAAUUAAAAACUGUUUCCAGAAUC